AAGACAAGGAGAAGGACGUCCAGACAACUUGAAAGGAAAAGAGUAUUGGACAAGAUAUCCCAGAGGCAGAAACGCGAGAAGCAGAAGGCCUUUGUUCGGCAGAGCGAAAAAGACAUCCACGAUGCGCGUAACGAGAUUGAGCGUCUUCGCGGCGUUAUUCAGGUCAUGCGAGUUGGAUCAAGCCGAGAUGCUUGUAACAUUAACCCUGUUCCACUCAGACCUGGGAGUCCUCAUUCCGGUCAAGUCCAACACCCGGUGUCGAUGGAACCAGGCCCAGGGGCUGCACCAUCCCCAUCUGCCCAAGAGAUCAAACAGCCGGUGAUAGGGUGCUACUGCAACCCGAAGACACACAAGUCGUAUUCCGAUUGCUUCGAGCAGACUGUCUUUGACAGUCUGAUGACGCUCAACAGUAACCCCACUCCUAUCCCGCCAAUUCCUGCCACUCCCGACAUUGCAGAUCUGUUGUUUCUCAGAGACCCAGGAGACCCAGUGUCCGAGAUUUUGUACAAGCUGAUGAGAAGACCAAGCAUGGACAAUAUGGUUCUCCUAUGUGCAGUCUACAUCCUCGCCUAUCGCAUUCUUCGGUACCGGUUCUUCCCUUCCAUGAAGACGUACAAUGACGUCCCCGAAUGGCUCCGUUCAACAGAAUUCCAGGACAAGAUUCCCCAUGCCCUGUACAUCGACUUUGUGCAGUUCCCUCGCCUGAGGGAUGCCAUGGUGCUCGGCUUGGUCGACAUUGCCUGCAUACGAGAGGAUUUUGAUGCUGAUUUUGGACGAUACUUGGCUUUGGAUUGGCCCGUUUCAGAGAGUUUCUUGAUCACGGAUAGCUGGCGUAAUACGGUCCUGAAUCCAAAAUUUGAGCGUAUUGCAUGCACUGAGGAAAGCUGGUCGCUAAGCUCAAGCUUUGGGAAGAAAUAUCCCCAUCUAGCCCCUCUCGUUAGAAUU